ACGAGCCUGUCGCAUGACGUCAUCCGUCCCAACCGGGUCACACCGUUCUCGCCCGCCCGCUGGGCUCGCCGUGGUCCCCACGCCCUCAACCGCAGUCGGCGUUAACACCAGUCGCGCCGCUCGCCCUCCUCCCGAUCCCUUUAUAACCCUUCACCGCCAUCGCCUCGACAUGGAGAUGGAGAGCACCGACUCCUCCUCCGGCGCCGCCAUGAAACCGCCGCCGCCGCCGCCGUUGCCGUCACCUCCGCCGCUUCAUCCUAACCUCCCCCCCGGCUUCCGCUUCCACCCUACCGACGAGGAGCUCGUCGUCCACUACCUCAAGAAAAAGGCCGCCUCCGCCCCCCUCCCCGUCGCCAUCAUCACCGAGGUCGAUCUCUACAAGUUCGACCCCUGGGAACUUCCAGGCAAGGCCAGUUUUGGGGAGCAAGAGUGGUACUUCUUUAGCCCUAGGGACCGGAAGUACCCCAACGGAGCGCGGCCCAACAGGGCGGCCACGUCCGGGUACUGGAAGGCCACGGGCACCGACAAGCCGAUACUGACGUCGGGCGGGAGCCAGGUCAAGGUCGGCGUCAAGAAGGCGCUCGUCUUCUACCGCGGCAAGCCGCCUAAGGGCAUCAAGACUAACUGGAUCAUGCACGAGUAUCGCCUCGUCGACGACGACCGCCAUCACCACCACAGCAGCAGACUGCCUCAUGUUGCCAGCAAGAAGAGGGGCGGAUCGCUCCGGCUGGAUGAUUGGGUGUUGUGCCGCGUCUACAAGAAGAGCAACACCACCAGCGGCGUCGGCGAUAGGCCGUCCACUGAAGACGGGAGCGCCGAUGACGCUCUCGGUGCUUCGUCGGGCGGGCAGACCGAAGGACUUCGACCGCCGUUGACCAACUACAACGCCUUGAUGGAGAACGACGGGACCUUCUUCGAGGGGCUACUUGCCGCCGAGGUCGACCUGGCGGCCAACCCAAUCGCCCACCUCGCCGCCGCGCCGAGAACCAAUCUCAACCUCACCUUCCCCUUGCGCCACUCUCUUUCUUCCCCUUACUGGAACACCGACUCGGCAAACAUCCCCGCCGCGCCGCCAACCACUAGGCUUCUUGAUUCCGCCGACGACAACAACGGCAGCAGCUGCAGCAACAGCAGCGCUGCUGCUUCACACGAAGACCCCAUGCACAAAAACCGGAUGCUUCUCAAUCAGACUCACCAUGGCACUGCGUACCAUGACCAGAUGAUUCACGGUGCCUCCAUCUUCCACCAGCAUCCCUUCCAGCUCCCCGGAGUAAACUGGAGCUCCUAAUCAUCAUCAUCAGUUUCAGGUAACUCAAACCAGUGUACAUAAUCAAAGCCCAAUUGUUCCAGUGCGGGAACAGAGGGAUCAUCGGUAUCGUAAUACACAAAGUUGGAUUCUUUAACAAGCAUAAGCGAUCUCGAGAUGAUCGAAAGCAGACUGGUACUGUAAUUCCAGAUGAUACUAAUAAUAUAAUUGAUAGUCUUUCAA